AUGUGUGAUCAGACCUUUCUCGUUAACGUAUUUGGCUCCUGUGACAAAUGUUUCAAACAACGGGCUCUGAGACCAGUUUUCAAGAAAUCUCAACAGCUCAGCUACUGUUCACCAUGUGCAGAAAUUAUGGCAACCGACGGGCUGCACGAGAACGAGACGCUGGCGUCGCUCAAGAGCGAGGCCGAGAGCCUCAAGGGCAAACUGGAGGAGGAGCGGGCCAAGCUGCACGACGUGGAGCUGCACCAGGUGGCCGAGCGCGUGGAGGCCCUGGGGCAGUUUGUCAUGAAGACCAGAAGGACCCUCAAAGGCCACGGGAACAAGGUUCUGUGCAUGGACUGGUGCAAGGAUAAGAGGAGGAUAGUGAGCUCCUCACAGGAUGGGAAGGUGAUCGUGUGGGAUUCCUUCACUACUAACAAGGAGCACGCGGUCACGAUGCCCUGCACGUGGGUGAUGGCGUGUGCGUAUGCCCCAUCGGGAUGUGCCAUUGCAUGCGGUGGCUUGGAUAAUAAGUGUUCUGUGUAUCCACUGACGUUUGACAAAAAUGAAAACAUGGCUGCCAAAAAGAAGUCUGUUGCUAUGCACACCAACUACCUGUCAGCCUGCAGCUUUACCAACUCUGACAUGCAGAUCCUGACAGCGAGUGGCGACGGCACGUGUGCCCUGUGGGACGUGGAGAGCGGGCAGCUGCUGCAGAGCUUCCAUGGGCACGGGGCCGACGUGCUCUGCUUGGACCUGGCUCCCUCAGAAACCGGGAACACCUUCGUGUCUGGGGGAUGUGACAAGAAAGCCAUGGUGUGGGACAUGCGCUCUGGACAGUGCGUGCAGGCCUUUGAAACACACGAAUCUGACAUCAACAGUGUCCGAUACUACCCGAGCGGAGAUGCCUUUGCUUCGGGAUCAGAUGAUGCUACAUGUCGCCUCUACGACCUCCGGGCAGACAGGGAGGUUGCCAUCUAUUCCAAAGAGAGUAUCAUCUUUGGAGCUUCCAGCGUGGACUUCUCCCUCAGUGGUCGCCUGCUGUUUGCUGGAUACAACGAUUAUACCAUCAACGUCUGGGAUGUCCUCAAGGGAUCCCGAGUCUCCAUCUUGUUUGGACAUGAAAACCGUGUUAGUACUCUACGAGUUUCCCCUGAUGGGACUGCCUUUUGCUCAGGAUCAUGGGAUCAUACCCUCAGAGUCUGGGCUUAAUCAUAAUUCACAUAUAGGUACCUGAGAAUAGAAUUUGAAAUCGUCACAUGUAAAUAGAUCUUGCUUCUAGAGGAUCUGAGAGUUUAUUGCAACUUAGCUUAAGGGAGCAGCUCCAUGACUGAAAGUUCAGCAAGCAUCUCCAAUAUUACUGUUAAAACCACUACCCUGGAAAGACCCCAGUGUGAGCCUUUAGCACUAUGAGAACACCUUCAAGUACAGUGUUUUUCAUUUCAAACACUUUUUAAAAUGUAUCUGUUUUUAAGGUUAUUCUAAACUAUCAUCUCAACUCAUUCUGUCCCCAGUACAGUUCAGCAUAUAAUAUAUUCCAUAUUGUUUCCUUGAAUCAAAUUUAUUUUUCGGAGCACUUUAAAAGCUGAUUUUUCUCAGUGUACACUGUGACUUUUGGAACUUUCCCCUGCAAGGGCUGACUUUAAUGGACUGUGUGAGAAGGAUAGUGUUAAUUGGUCUUUGAUAGAAGAAA